CUCUUCAUUGGUGCAGAUCACAUCACCGCUGCCUGCUUGUUGCAAACUACAGCUUUAUCACCCACAGGCUCUGAGCAGCCAGGAAAGAAUGUUCAUUCGCUGUCAAUCAGAUCACCUGGACCUCUCCCUCCCUCUCCCUCUCCUCUUCUGUGCACAGGACACUACCUGAGGAGCUGGCUGCAGACGGGGAAGAUCAGCCGUUUGCUAAGAGUAAAGGGCCACUCCCUCCUGUCUGCUAUUAUAAAAAGAAAGGUAACCUGGCCUCGAGGGAAGGGAAAGACCGCCUGCUUUCUGAGGAGCCACACAGGAGCUGAAUAAGAGGACGUCGGCUUAUCAGAGAGAUGCAUAAGGCAGGUAAUUCAUUCUGAUAUCCAUAUCAAGAAAUAACAAAGAGGAAGCAUGUCCAGACUGCGUUGCUGAAGGAUUAGGUUCCGCUGUCUACAGCCGAACGCUGGUGGCUGGCAAUCCUGUUAUAUGACUCUACAACAUGGGUGACAUCACACACGGCACCAACGAGAGUUUCCCCAACUGGACGGCGAUAGGCAGCUUCAACAGCAGCAGCUGGAGGCCCCACUUCUCUGACUUUGACUGCCAGCCUUCUCUGUACAUCCUGUUGGUGUUGGUGGUGGCCUACAGUGUAGUGACUAUCGUGGGCCUCUUUGGGAACCUGUGCCUAAUCAUCAUCAUCCAAAGACAGAAGGAGACGCACAACGUAACCAACAUUCUGAUCGCUAACCUCUCCUUGUCGGACGUGCUCAUCUGCAUAAUGUGCAUCCCCUUCACCGUGGUCUACACACUGAUGGACCACUGGGUGUUCGGGGAGCCCAUGUGCAAGGUGAGCUCCUUCAUCCAGUGCAUGUCUGUCUCCGUGUCCAUCUUCUCCCUGGUCCUGAUCGCCAUCGAGCGGUACCAACUGAUCGUCAACCCCAGGGGAUGGAAGCCCAACAUCUCCCACGCCUACUGGGGGAUCGUUCUGAUCUGGAUAGCCUCGGCCACCCUGUCCGUUCCCUUCCUGGUCUUUCACCACCUGACUGAUGAGCCCUUCAAGAACCUCACCGCCCACUCCAGCUUCUACAGGGAUAAGUACGCCUGCACGGACGACUGGCCCUCCGAGGGGGAUCGCCUGGGCUUCACCACCUGCCUGCUGGUGGUCCAGUACUUCGCCCCGCUGUGCUUCAUCUUUGUGUGCUACCUGAAGAUCUUCGUGUGCCUGCGUCGGCGGGGCGGGAUGGUGGACCGCCUGCGUGAGAACGAGACCAGGGCGAGCGAGAGCAAGCGCAUCAACAUGAUGCUCAUCUCCAUUGUGGUGGCCUUCACCGUCUGCUGGCUCCCCCUCAACAUCUUCAACAUCAUCUUCGACUGGAACCACGAGGUCCUCCUCAACUGCCACCACAACCUGGUCUUCACUCUCUGCCACCUGGUGGCCAUGCUGUCCACCUGCAUCAACCCCGUCUUCUACGGCUUUCUCAACAAGAACUUCCAGAAGGAUCUCAACACCAUGCUGCGUCAGUGCUGGUGCAAGGCUGAGCAGGAGGAGUACGAGAACAUCGGGCUGUCCAACAUGCUUACAGAUGUCUCCAAGGCAUCUCUAAAACUCCACAAUGCUCCACUCAACAGCUAGCAGGAGAGCUUUUAGAAAACAAUGAAGCUCCGUCUCACCCAGUUGUCCAGUGAGCUCUAGGAGGCUGAGCUGUCACUGAUGAACCAUGGACCAAAUCAACCUUCUAAAACGCUGAUGUCAGGUGUCUUGUUGUUGUUCUUGUGUGCUGUGGAGGAAAAGGGUUAAUGUGAUUCACGUUAAAACAAUGUUUGAAGUAAUCUGUGACAGGAACACUGUAUCAUCAUUAAGACUGUUUUCUGAUACAGUAUCUUUCUGUGCAAAUAUAUUUGAAUGCUCAUUAUAUAAGAAACAUAAAAUCAUUUUCAGAGUCCAACGAUCACAUGCACAAUAUCAACAUGCCUGCUAAAAACUUGGAGCUAGGGUUAUAAGACAUUUUUUGGGAGAAGGGGUUGCAUUAGGGCUGUUCUUCUACAGGUACACCUGGGAAUUGCUCCACUGGCUGAAGCAUGGGGCGAAGCAUCUCUUUAUUUGAUUUGUAAAUCAAAUGUACCUUAGAGACUAGAUUCCAUAUUUCAGACAUUGGUUCAUUUAUUUAUGAUCUUGAAGCAUUACACAACAUAAGGUGUAAUCACAACCUGUGAAACUUCAAUGGACAGACAUGCAGUAGCAUUCAGUCAAAUCCAAUAUAUUUAAUUUGUGUAUAAUAUAUUAGAUUACAUAAGCCUCACUGAUUGUCUCAGCCAAUCAGGUUCUGAGUAGAGCGUCCAUUAUCCCACAGGUAGAGUCCUUCUAAAUGCCAACAAGACCUUAGGAUCUUGAAAGUCACUUAUCAUGGUGGCAUGAAUGUCAAGCAGCCAAAGUGAUCCAGUCCAAAAUACAGUCUAAAAACACAUUGAAAAAGGCCUUCAUACACCACAUGUGUUAAAAUUAAUACCUUGUGUGAGGAUAAUUCCCUGUGGAUAAUUCAUUGCCUUUGGCUCAGGACACCUAAUUGUCACAGUCGUCAAUUAUCUAGCAGGUAAUGGCCGCUGCAUCGGACAAAAAUGCUGAAGUGUAGGCACUACACAAAAUAAGUGAUUACUAUUAGUGCCUUAACAGUAUAUAGCAUCAUCCCAUAUAUCAUACUACAGUGUUAAAUGGAGCAGGCUGAAAGACAUCAGCUUACAAUAGUAUAGUAUAAGGAAUACAAUAGCACUGUAGGGAGCCACACCAUGGCAUGUUUCUGUAUGGGAGUAUACAAUUUGAUUCUAAGUUGUGUGUUUGUGUGUGUGUGUUUGUAAGUCCUCUGUGUUUAUAUUAUUCCACAACUUAGAAUCGAAUUGUCCCUGUGUGCUGUAACAGGUUGCCAUGGUCACCUUUGACAGCGAGUGAUUCUACCUACACACAUAACUGUACUGAAACGUGCAGUAUAGUGACACGCCUGGAAGCUGGUUUUACUCUCUUUAAUGUUAAUGUGAAAUACUGAUUUGUGAAAUGUUGACAUUCCUGGUGAUAAUGCCAUACAUUUUUUUAAAGCUUUGUUACAUAAAAAUAAAAAUUUAAAAACGUAACAUUUUUUCCAGAUAUCAUUUCAAACAAAUGGAAAAAUACUAUUUUCCUAAUAAUUAAACGAAGCAGAGUGGCUACAGUAAAAUGUCACAGAUGCUACAUCUGUAAGGAUUGCAAUCCCUCGUCAUGUGGUUUAUGGGCCGUGGCUUUCCUGUUGUUUUCUGUUUAAAGCUCAUGGUAAUAUGACCAGUUUUGCUCUGUGAAGUUUCGAUAUGGACUCUUCAAUAAUGUUUACAUGCUCAGUGCAUUGCUGGGUUUUGAUAGUGGAGUGUUCAAAGCUCAUGCUCUUUGUGAUUUGCUUGUCAAUGUAUUUGCACACUGAAAUACAUGUCAAAAGUGUACUUGUACUGUUUUGUAAUGUGUUUUUGAAUGUAUACCUGUAUGGGCUGAUUUGAUGUCGCCCGUAGUGUACCUUAUUAUUGCUCAAAUAAAAUGGUGCCGUGUG